AUGAUAGAUGAGUGAACUCUAAAGACCAGGGCCAUGGACACACAAACUGUGAGUGCGGACCUUCCAGAAGACAUCUGCCUGUUAGAUAAUGAGCAGUGUCAAAAGAAGGCAGCCAUAAAGAUUCAGUCAUGGUGGCGUGGCAACAUGGUGCGCCGGACACUACUGCAUGCAGCACUCAGGGCCUGGGUCAUCCAGUGCUGGUGGAGGUCGAUGCAGGCCAAGAUGUUGGAACAAAGAAGGCGCCUGGCACUAAAACUCUACACCUGCCAGGAGUGGGCAGUGGUGAAGGUGCAGGCACAGGUUCGAAUGUGGCAGGCCCGCAGACGCUUCCUCCAGGCACGCCAAGCAGCCUGCAUCAUCCAGUCUCACUGGCGCUGGCAUGCCAGCCAAACCCGAGGCCUGAUCCGGGGCCGCUAUGAAGUCAGAGCCAGCCGGCUGGAGCUUGACAUCGAAAUCCUCAUGACCUAG